AUGGUUGUUAACGACAAUGACAUUUUGGAGACACUUUACCGUGAAACACUGAAACUGAUAUCAAACAGAGCAAUAAACUACGAAACAUCUGGAGGCUAUAAUUUCCCCUUCAAAGGACAAAACAGUAAGAUUAGAAAGGGUGAAAAACAAGAAAGCAAAGAGACAGAAGAGGGGAACAGUGAAUGGCAGUUAUUAAUUUUCUUUCUUCUCUUCUUUCAGCAUGAGAUUAUCAUAAUUUUUUCUUUUAUAAAUAGGAAAAAUGUGCCAGAGUAUGCAGUGUCACGAGAGAAAAACGACUUGGGAGCCCUGCGCUUUGACUUGAACACAGAUCUGACACCUUUGUUUAACUGGAACACAAAGCAGCUCUUUCUCUACCUCACUGCAGAGUAUCAGACUCAGAAUAACAAAGUGAAUCAGGUGGUGUUUUGGGGCAAGAUUUUCCAGCGAGGGGGAAACUUCGUGGCAACUCAAAAACCACCUCAAUAUUAUUUCUGGGAUACUUUUCAUAUAGAGAGAAGAAGUAAUUAUUUUCAAUUAUUUUUUAUUCACAGUGGGCACAAGAAUGUAAGCUUGUACCUGUCCUGGAACAUCAUUCCCAUUGCGGGUACUUUGCCCACCUGGAGCGGCACUGGAGCCUAUAAGCUGGCUUUUCCCCAAAUCACACAAGGGCCCUAG